AUGUCUACUCUUACUGUUUUUCUUCUUUUCUAUUUCAUUCGCAUCACAUUUGGACAAACCACGCAAAAUAUUAAUGUUUUACUGAUUAACGAAGAGAGCAAUGCUUUAGCCGAGAAAGCUUUUGAAGUUGCGAAGGAAUAUGUGAGACGGAACCCUAGCUUGGGUCUUGCUGUGGACCCUGUGAUUGUGGUGGGAAAUAGAACCGAUGCCAAGGUUUUCUUGGAAAAUGUUUGCAGAAAAUACAACGAUAUGCUCUCAGCGAAAAAGACUCCUCAUGUAGUACUCGACUUCACAAUGACUGGAGUGGGUUCCGAAACGAUUAAAUCGUUUACAGAAGCUUUGAGCUUGCCAACUAUAUCAGGGUCUUUUGGCCAAGUUGGGGAUCUGCGGCAAUGGCGCUCCCUGAAUGCAAAUCAAACAAGAUUUCUUUUGCAAGUGAUGCCUCCAGCCGAUAUCCUACCAGAAGCCAUUAGAGCUAUUGUCACUAAACAAGAUAUCACAAACGCUGCUAUUAUUUUCGAUGAAUUCUUUGUUAUGGACCACAAAUACAAAUCUCUGCUACAAAACAUACCGACACGACACGUGAUCACGCCUGUGAAGAGUUUUGAGGCAAACGAAAUUAAAACUCAACUUGAAAGUCUUCGGAAUCUAGAUAUAGUGAACUUUUUUAUAGUUGGGAGUUUGAGAACUAUAAAGAAUGUUUUAGAUGCUGCCGAUAAAAACCAAUACUUUGGUAGAAAAACAGCAUGGUUUGCGUUAUCGUUGGAGAAGGGCGAUAUUAGCUGUGGGUGUAAAAAUGCAACCAUCGUACACAUACGGCCGACGCCAGAUGCGAACAGCAGGGACCGAUUGGGAAAGAUUAAAACGACGUACAGCAUGAACGGCGAGCCAGAAAUCACAUCCGCCUUCUACUUCGACCUGUCUUUGAGAACGUUUUUAACGAUCAAAUCACUACUGGACUCUGGCAAGUGGCCAAACGACAUGAAAUAUAUUACAUGCGACGACUACGACGGCAAGAAUACACCAAACAGGACCUUGGAUCUUAAAACGGCAUUUCAAGAGAUAAAAGAGACGCCUACGUAUGCUCCGUUUUAUAUUCCGCAAGAUGACCCCAUGAAUGGCAGAAGUUACAUGGAGUUUAGCACUGAUCUGCUCGCUAUCACGGUCAAAGACGGGGCGUCUAUAAGUAGCCAUUCGUUGGGUUCCUGGAAAGCUGGCCUCUCUUCGAACCUAACCUUGACUGACCCCAAUAACAUGAGUAAUUACUCGGCGCAGCUAGUGUACAGAAUCGUCACUGUCGAGCAAAAGCCGUUUAUCAUAAGGGACGACCAAGCGCCCAAAGGGUUUAAAGGUUACUGUAUCGACCUCAUCGAAGAGAUUCGAGCUAUCGUUAAAUUCGAUUAUGAAAUAAGUUUAGCGCCAGACGGCAACUUCGGUACAAUGGACGAAAAUGGAAACUGGAACGGAAUUAUCAAAGAGCUCGUUGAUAAGAAAGCAGAUAUAGGGCUGUCGUCGCUGUCUGUCAUGGCUGAAAGGGAAAAUGUUGUAGAUUUCACCGUGCCAUACUACGAUCUAGUCGGGAUAACCAUAAUGAUGAAACUGCCGAGAACUCCGACAUCCCUAUUUAAAUUCCUAACUGUUCUGGAGAAUGACGUCUGGCUAUCGAUACUGGCUGCGUAUUUCUUUACCAGUUUUCUAAUGUGGGUUUUUGACAAAUGGAGUCCGUAUAGCUAUCAGAAUAACAGAGAAAAGUACAAAGAGGAUGAGGAGAAAAGAGAAUUUACACUGAAGGAGUGUCUAUGGUUUUGUAUGACGUCACUAACUCCCCAAGGAGGAGGUGAGGCGCCUAAGAAUCUGUCUGGACGAUUGCUGGCUGCUACUUGGUGGCUUUUUGGUUUUAUUAUAAUAGCAUCAUACACGGCGAACUUGGCAGCGUUUCUGACGGUGUCCAGAUUGGACACGCCUAUAGAGUCCCUGGACGACCUGUCCAAACAAUACAAGAUACAGUACGCACCGCUCAAUGGAUCCGCAGCUAUGACUUACUUCCAAAGGAUGGCUAAUAUCGAGGAGAAGUUUUAUGAAAUAUGGAAGGAGAUGAGCCUAAACGACAGUCUAAAGGAGGUGGAACGCGCAAAACUUGCCGUAUGGGAUUAUCCAGUAAGUGACAAAUACAGUAAAAUGUGGCAGGCAAUGGAAGAAGCUGUUUUACCUAACACUAUUGAGGAAGCUAUACAGAGGGUCAGGGAUUCCAAGAGUUCCAGUGAAGGGUUCGCCUGGUUGGGUGACGCUACUGAUGUGAAGUACCAUGUGAUGACCAGCUGUGAUCUUCAGUCGGUUGGAGACGAAUUCUCCAGGAAACCUUAUGCCAUUGCUGUCCAACAAGGAUCUCCGUUGAAAGACCAGUUCAAUAAUGCAAUCCUCCAACUGCUAAACAAGCGCAAACUGGAGAAACUGAAAGAGAUCUGGUGGAACAAUAACCCGGAGUCCAUGAAAUGUGAGAAGCAGGAUGACCAGUCCGAUGGGAUCUCCAUCCAGAACAUUGGGGGCGUGUUUAUUGUCAUAUUUAUGGGGAUUGGACUGGCGUGUGUCACGCUGGGGGUGGAGUACUGGUGGUACAAGUGGAGGAAGAGACCUGCUGUUGGAGAUGUUACACAGGUGGAGCCAGCGAAACUAACCAGAAACAACGUCGAUAAACAAGGCGAAGGUUUUAACUUCAGAGGGAGAAACUUAGGUCUUAAUUUCAAACCCAAGUUUUAA